AUGUCGUCCUUUCUCGGGUUAGGAGGCUCCAAAAGCAACUCAGGCGCGGGCUCCUCGUUGAGCUCCGUGCAGACUCAGCAGGUCAAGGACCAAGUCAAGUCUUCCAUCGCCACGGAAAUGGCCACCGCAUACGCUACCUCACUAGUGAACUCAUUGACUGAAAAUUGUUUCGAUAAGUGUAUCUUACAGCCAUCAUCUAGCUUGACUUCUGUUGAAGAGAACUGCAUUAACGACUGUGCGUCCAAGUUCAUGAGAUCGUGGAACCUGAUUUCUAAGUCAUACAUUGCUAGGAUCAACAAUCCAUAA